AUGCCCGGGCUCCCGGCCGUAGCGCCGAGCGUGAAGCCCGACAAGCCGGAGGUUGCCAUCGGAGUGGCGCGGAGUGAGGGCAGCGUGAGGCACAGGCGGAGCAUCGACUCGGGCAUGGAGAGCUCGGACGAUGAGGAGCGCAUCUCGUACUCCUUUCCAGGGGAGCGGAUCGCCCGCUUCUCGCCGUCCUUCGCCGGCAGUCCCUACCGGGAUCCGGCCAAGGAGUCCAAAGCGCCGGAGUCAGAUGAGAAAGGCCUCUUUUCCUUUGCCUCGAAGCUCUUUGAGAUGUUGGGGGUUCCCCUAAGUCAGCCGGAGGCACCCAAAGUCGAAGCGAAGGGCUUCACUCCUAGCGAGACGGCCAUCAUUUUCGACUGGGACGAUACUCUCUUCCCGACCUGGCAUGCCUUGGAGGUGAAAGAGCAUCGUCUGCCCGGGGACAAGGCUUUUCACGACUCGCUGGAUCAGCUGACGAACACUGUCCGCGACCUCCUGACGCAGGCCCGCUCGUGUGGCCGCGUGGCGAUCGUCACGCUCUCCCGGCGACCUUGGGUAGCGGAGUCGGCAGCGGAGUUCAUGCCGCGCUUGAACAUUGAAGCUCUGCUUGACGAGUUGCAGAUUCCUCUUAUCUACUCGCGGGAGUGCGUGAAGAAGCACCACAUGAGAAGCCCGGACGGCGAGUUCGAGGAGGGCGUCUGCCCCCUAACCAUGGCCAAGGAGCAGGCCAUGAAGAAGGUCUUGAAGCGGCUUUAUGGGAAGAACCCCUGGAAGAAUGUCCUCUCGAUCGGAGAUUCUGUUACCGAGAAGGAUGCCAUCACUGAGCUGCACUGGGCCAUCAUGGGCGAGGAUGCAAAGAGCUGUUGCAAGACCUUGAAGAUGCUUCACAACCCGACUCUUGCGCAGCUACAGAUGGAGCUCACGGUGAUCAAGGAUGCCUUGCCCAACAUGGCCAAGCGUGCAGAAGACUUUACCUGGGCCGUGGACGAGCAGGGUUUGAUCGGGGCCUGA